AUGGUGUCCUUCAACAACAGGAUCACGGAGAAUGUCAAUGGGAAACUGGCGUUUGCUUCCACGGUCAUGAUGCUGUCUCAAAUCAAUUUCGGAAUGGACCUCGUCGCCUUCUCCAACACCCAAGCCAUGUCUACGUUUAACAAGAAGUUCGGCCAUUACAAUGCUAAACUGGAACGAUAUGCACUGGACCCGUACUUCCUCUCGCUCCUGAACAGCCUUACCUACGUCGGUCAAGCCUUUGGCGUCAUCACAGGUGGUUGGAUUGCUCGACGUUGGGGCCGAAGGGCUUCGUUCUGGGUCAUGUCUGUGUGGGCAGUGUUGUCUGCUCUGCUCCUCGUCACGGCACAGAAGAAAGAACAGGUCCUCGUGGGUCGCAUUUUCAAUUACGUGUACCUUGGCCAGGAACUUGUCACGGUUCCGGUAUACCAGGCAGAAAUUGCUCCCCCAAAGAUCCGAGGGAUGAUUAUCGGCACGUUCCAACUCGGUACAAUGGUUGGUGCUUUCAUCAUGGCAUGCAUUACCUACGGGACGAGCAAGCUAGACACCGAGGCCGCAUUUCGCAUUCCCUUUGGCAUUUUCUUCGUUAUCCCAGUGGUUGUCUUUGUCGGAUCUUUGUUCAUGCGCGAGUCCCCACGUUGGCUUCUUGUCCGAGAACGAUCAGAGGAAGCCCUGGAGUCGCUCCGGCUCUAUCGACAGGGCAAAUUCACCGAAGAGGAGAUUAUGGAAGAAUACCGUGACCAGGUGGCUAUGAUCGUCGCCGUCACGAACGACAAAGGCACAUUCAAGGAGAUGUGGCAGGGGAUCAACCGCAAGCGAUCCCUCAUCGUGAUCGGCUCCAACAUCAGCAUCCAGAUCAGCGGACAAGGACUGUUCAGCAAAUACGGCACCAUCUUCUUGACCGACCUCCAUGGACCGAAUCCUUUCCAGAUGUUCCUCAUCAAUACGUCCUUGCAGAUUGUGGUCAUCCUGGCUGCUAUGUAUCUCUUUGACAGAAUCGGUCGCAACCCUCCGUUGAUUAUCGGGUCCAUCAUUCAGACCACCACAUUCCUCGCCAUCGGUGGACUCGGGACUAUAUCGGAUCCCAGCAAAAAUGUCAAAGUCGGACUCACGGCCCUGUUUACCGUCUACUACCUGGGCUUUGUCUUUGGCUGGGGUCCCAUCUACCACAUCCUCUCAUCCGAGAUACCCACCUCACGUAUGUUGCCUGUGUUUCCUGUUCACAGUCUGUCCAUUCCGUGGAAUGAAAAGGCUAAUAGCCCAUAUUUGGAUGCAGGCAUGCGAGACAUCACAUACACGGUAUCCAGCAUCUUCACCGUCGUCACGCAAUUCGUCGUCUCUUUCACCAUCCCGUACCUGCUGUACGCGCCGUACGCGGACCUCGGGUCCAAGAUUGGCUUCAUCUUCGGGCCCAUCGCCUUCGUCACGCUCCUCUUUGCCAUAUUCUGCGUGCCCGAGUGUCGCGGCUUUUCGCUCGAAGAGAUCGACCACCUGUUCAGGGCACGGGUGCCUAUCCGCCAGUUCCGCAGAUACAAGCACGGCCAGAUUCUGCCGGAGGGGGGUACCGAGAAAGAGACGGAGAAGGCGGGAGAAGGGCCUUCUGUGGAGCUCAAAGAGGUCGCUGAGAUGUAG